AUGCUUAACCUUGGGAGGUGUGCUUGUUGUGUAGAUUUUCGAUGUGGGACUGUAGACAUCGAUUGUGGGCCUGCUACGUGUCCUGGAGAAGAAGGUUGCCCUAAUCGAGGAAUCGGAGUCCCCCAAGUUCUCUUUCGAGAGUUCUCGGAAGGGAACUUGAUAUUCUCUUCGGCAAGCGAGAUCCCAUCCGACCGUUUGGUAAUUCAGCUGAUGGAGGGGCUCAAUCUUGGCCCUUCCGUGCGUUCCCAUUUAGAAAUUGAUGUCGGGAAAGUCAAAAGGUCGCUUCAAGCGAGGAGUGAUGGGACUGAAGGGCGCUUCGUCUUCCGUGCCCCACGUGUUGUCAUGUCAUCCACGAAAUGA